UUUAGCUCCGCCCUCUUUGGGUUUCCAAAUCCUACUGAACUCUCUUCCAUCACUUUCAUUUCUACGAUUAGACUCCUGCCACCCGGAAGUUUUCAAUGGGUGUUGUUGUUGAUCACAGCGCGCUCAUUUGUUUAUCCAUUUGCGGCUCUAUCUACACUUCAUUGAACCGAGGGAUAUAGGAUGUAAUCUGUCUGAUUUUCCCCAUUAGGCUUCUUCAACAUGAAGAGGAGAAGUGCAUGCCCAGCGGCUCCAUGUGUGUGAUGUGUCCGGGAUCUCCGUGAACACGGGCAUUUCGGCAGGAUGCUCCGGCUGUUUGCAGCACUGAUGACUGUUGGGCUUCUGCUCGCCUGCUUCACUUCUUGGGUGUUUGACAGCUAUGACACUGCUUGGCACCCUAAACGCAGUUUGGAUCAAUCCGGUGAUGAAAGCAUGAACAAAAGCCUACCGUAUCCCGGCGGACAGCUGGAGAAUAUCUUUUGGUUUGUGCAGGUAUCUGACAUUCAUAUCAGUCGUUUCCAUGAUCCGAGACGCAUUCCAGAUUUUGAAAGGUUUUGUAGUAAAACUAUUGAUGUGAUAAAACCAGAUCUUGUGCUUGCCACAGGGGACUUAACAGAUGCAAAGACUGAGAGCAAAUUGGGCUCUCUCCAACAUGAGGUAGAGUGGCAGUUCUACCAGAACAUCCUUAAAAGAUCACGAGUGCUGGAGCACACAAAAUGGAUUGACAUUUGGGGAAACCAUGAUGCCUUUAAUAUAUCUUUGGAGAGCAUAAACAAUUACUACAGGAGGUACUCUGCCAAUCAGAAAGUUGGAUCCUUCCACUACAUCCACAGAACUCCCUUUGGAAACUACUCGUUUAUUUGUGCCGAUGCCACUCUAACCCCUGGGCCCAAAUGGCCCUAUAACUUUUUUGGAAUCCUCAAUCAGACUCAGAUGGACUUGUUGGCAACCUUUAGAGAAGAGAGUCUGAGCAGUAACAAGUCCAUCUGGUUUGGGCAUUAUACCACAUCUACCAUCAUCUCACCCUUUCCAGGAGUCCGAGAACUCAUGAGUACAGCUGUGGCAUAUCUAUGUGGGCACUUACAUACACUAGGAGGCUUCAUGCCAGUACUGCAUAGUAGACAUCAAGGAGGUACGCUGGAGUUAGAGCUUGGAGACUGGAUGGAUAACCGCAGGUACAGGAUACUGGCUUUUGAUCAUGACCUGCUUAGUUUCUCUGACUUGACGUUUGGGGAUUGGCCAGCUGUGCUGAUCACCAAUCCCAAAGAGGCGCAAUACCUGCACCCAGGAGUGGAGCCUCUGGGUCGCAUUCGCAGUUCCACACACAUCAGGGUCCUCGCCUUCUCAGAGUCUCCAAUCACAGCUGUGUUUGUGAGUGUGGAUGAAUUUCCGCUGGAAAAAGCUGUCGGUGCAGGCGGACCUCUGUAUGUGCUGCACUGGGAUCCAUCACUCUAUGCUACUGGACUGCACACCAUCAGUGUUAACGUGGAGGACUCAGCAGGUCGCUCCAAAGUACGAGAGCAGCACUUCACCCUAGAGGAGGACCUCACCCCCAGCUUUGGCUUCAUACAGUCCUUCAUCCUGCUCACAGAUCACUACAUACUGGCACGGAUUGCCUUUGUGGCAAUAGUGUUACUAAACCUAGGCGGGCUUGUAGUCUUCAGAUUUAUGCACGUGUCAUCUACAAGAGGGCUGUAUUCUCAAGCAUGGAUGUCCCUACAUCUUGUUAGUAAGAUCAACACCUUCUACUACUCUCUGCUGCUUUUCAACCUGUGCACAGCGUUGGGUCCAUGGUUCAUUGGGGAAGUAAUUGAUGGGCACAAUGGGGCCUGCUUUGCUUUUGGCGUGUUUGUGGAUGGGCAUUUUCUUGAAGGCAGUCUGACAUAUGUCGUGGGAGUUAUACAGGUGCUCUUCUUUAAUAUGCCUCUCACUUAUUACCUCUGCUGGAGUCUUCAUCAUAGGUGUCGUGGCACCAAUUUCCGUUCACACUUCUGCUGCCCAGGGUGCCGCUGGCAGACUCUGGUGGUGCACCUAGGCAUGCUGGUCCUCUUGAUCUGGCAGGCCUAUUCUUGCUACUUCCUGUUGGAGACCUACGGGCCACUAGCCUUCUUCCUGUCUCCGGUACAUACCUGGGCCCUGCUCAUGGGCCUGCUGCUGGUGUACAGGGCGUGUUGGGGACCGCCUCCUCGAUUCUCUGAUGGUAGCAAGACCAACAGGACAUCGUGACACUGACUGCUGAAGAGAGGCCUUCACCUGUUUUAUUUACUUGAUGGACUUUGUUUUGUGCCAAGAUCUACCCUCUUGCCUCUCUUUAUACAAUCACUGAACUGCCAAUCACUUCCAUUCCUAGACAUUAGGGAAAAUAUACUCCCAAGUUAUUAUACAAAUCCUUUAUAUGAAGUGAUGAUGACAUCACACGUGGAUGACAGGGCCCUUUCAAACCUGGUUCUGAUCCUCCAUUGACACAGACACAUUUUUAGAUUUUAUAGCAAAUUGGCACCGUUGUGAAUCCAAACAGUGUUAAUUUGAAGUCUUAACAGUCUUUAAAUUUGUAUGUAGUUAAGCAUACCUAUUACUUUGAAAAAACUGCACAUUAUGUCUUUUUUAUUUGUGAAAGGCAAUCAAGAAAGGAAAAAGACUGUCUGAUACUUUUAAUGAUAACUAAAAUCUUAAUGGAAUAUUCCGGGUUCAAUACAAGUUAAGAUCAACUUACCACAUCCGUCCUUUAAAAAAAAAAAAAAAAAAAGCAAAAAUCGAGGUUACAGUGAGGCACUUAUAAUGCAAGUGAAUGGGGCCAAUUUUUGGAGGGUUUAAAAGCAGAAAUGUGAAGCUUAUAAUUUUAUAAAAGCACUUACAUUCAUUCUUUUGUUAAAACUCAUGUAUUAUUUGAGAUAUAAAGUUGUUUCACUUGUCAUUUUAGGGUUAACUGUUGCAUCGUCAUAGCAACAAAGUUGUAAAAUUUACUGUAACUUACACAAAAAAGGUUAGUAAGCCAUUUUAUCACACUAAAAUCAUGUUAACAUGCAUAUUAUUUACGCCUUGUUGCUAAACCUUUUAAACAGUGAGUAUUUUAACGUUUAUGGAUUGGCCCCCAUUCACUUCCAUUGUAAGUGCCUCGCUGGAACCCAGAUUUUAGCUUUAAUUGUGCUAAUUGUCAUGAAAAUAAUGUCAUAAUGCAAACAUUCUAAGGCGUUCUAAAACAGGUUUCAUUUUCUUUAUGCAAAAUAUAAUGCAUUAUUUAUUUUGGUCUUAUGAUUUUAGGGUGAAAUGUGACCUGGACAUAUGAGAUUCACCCAGAUAAACACUACUACACAACUGCCACCCCUGUAUCUCUUAUAGACUGGCAAAUCAAUACGAACCUCUCAGCUAGUUUUAAAGCGUUCAAAAAAAGAAUGUGAAAGAUGUCUCUAUCUGAAAGGUAUACAGUAUGUCAUGAUAUGGAAUACCAAGUAGGCCACUUUCUCCACAAUUCCAAGUGUGGGCCACAGUAUUGUACGGUGUGAAAACUUUAGACUGAGCUAAAAUGUACACUAAAACUGAUUUUAUAAUUCAUCAAAAGGAAGAAACCACUGUAUAUGCAUGAAUGUAGAACUAGCUGCACUAGUGUUCAUAGUCACAGGUAAGAUUACGGAGCUGACAAUAAUGGAAGUCCUCGUACUGAAAGCAAGGGCCAACUAUUAUGGUUUAAAUCUUCAUUUUGGACUUCUAAAGGGCACAACCUGAUGUACAGAAGCAUAUAUAUAUAUAUAUAUAUAUAUACUGGUGGCCAAAAGUUUGGAAUAAUGUACAGAUUUUGCUCUUAUGGAAAGAAAUUGGUACUUUUAUUCACCAAAGUGGCAUUCAACUAAUCACAAUGUAUAGUCAGGAUAUUAAUAACGUGAAAAAUUACUAUUACAAUUUGAAAAAAAAAAAAAACUACUUCAAAGAGUUCUCAUCAAAAAAUCCUCCACAUGCAGCAAUGACAGCUUUGCAGAUCCUUGGCAUUCUAGCUGUCAGUUUGUUCAGAUAUUCAGGUGACAUUUCACCCCACACUUCCUGUAGCACUUGCCAUAGAUGUGGCUGUCUUGUGGAGUACUUCUCACGCACCUUCUCUUUACUGUUUUACAUGAAACUGGUGUUGAGCGGGUAGAAUUCAAUGAAGCUGUCAGCUGAGGACAUGUGAGGCGUCUAUUUCUCAAACUAGAGACUCUGAUGUACUUAUCCUCUUAUUUAGUUGUACAUCUGACCCUCCACAUCUCUUUCAGUCCUGGUUAGAGACAGUUGUUCUUUGUCUUUGUAGACUCCAUUGUACACAUUUGCAGGGUUGGGAGGGUUACUUUUGAAAUGUAUUCCACUACAGAUGACAGAAUACAUGCUGUAAAAUGUAAUUUGUAACAUAUUUUGUUAGAUUACUCAAGGUCAGUAACGUAUUCUAAAUACUUUGGAUUACUUCUUCAGCACUGGUAGAUUUUUUCACUUGUUUUGACUAUAAAAACUCUGCUAGUACAGUAAGGCAAAAUACACGUUAAUGUGGUAAAGUUACUUGUAUUUUGUAUUUUAAAUACGUAAUCCCGUUACAUGUAUUCCGUUACUCCCCAACCUUGCACCUUUGUAUGAAAUCUUGCUUAUUUUGGCAAUUCCAAGCAUUGUAUAGCCUUCAUUCCUUAAAACAAUGAUUGACUGAUGAGUUUCUAGAGAAAGCUGUUUCUUUUUUGCCAUUUUUGACUAAAAUUGACCUUAAGGCAUGCCAGUCUAUUGCAUACUGUGGCAACUCAAACACAAAGACAAUGUUAAGCUUCACUUCAUGAACCAAAUAGCUUUCAUCUGUGUUUGAGAUGACAAGUGAUUUUCUAGUACCAAAUUAGCAAUUUAGCAUGAUUACUCAAGGAUAAGGUGUUGGAGUGAUGGCUGCUGGAAAUGGUGCCUGUCUAGAUUUGAUCAAAAAUGACUUUCUUUUCAAAUAGUGAUGGUGCUGUUUUUUUUUACAUCAGUAAUGUCCUGAGUAUACAUUGUGAUCAGAUGAAUGCCACUUUGGUGAAUUAAAGUACCUAUUUCUUUCCAUAAGAGUAAAAUCUGUACAUUAUUCCAAACUUUUGGCAGCCUGUGUGUGUGUAUGUAUAUAUAUAUAUAUAUAUAUAUAUAUAUAUUAAAUCACUGAACACAAAGGAAACAAAAUAUGCACAAUCACGUUGUGUGUUUAUUAGGCAAACACUAACAGCAAACCACACAAAAACAAAUAACAAUGGUAAAAAACAAAAAUCUGCUAUUUUGAAAAGAAACUUGUGUUCUCUGAGGUCUUUCUUUGUGCCUCCAUAAUCCACUUGACAGGUAACAGAAAAGAGCUGUGACAGAGUUUCUGGUAUAUUCAAUGACGUUUGUGGUUUUUCUGUUUUGUCAGGUCACUCAAGGUCUCUUUUGUGUCUCAGGAAAGUAAAAACUUCUAGAACAAUACGCUGCCCUAAUUUGUCUUUCAAUGACCUGAAUGUUAUUUUGGAAGACUUUUGUUGCAGUUUUAAGGCACGUGAAGAUUCCACAUUUACUUAGUACAUGUUAAUCUAGAUUUGUGGUGAACCAAUUGUACUGUAUGAAUGUUUGAGGAAUACAUGAUUAUAAAUGAGUUUGAGUUUUUAACAAGUUAUUUCAUGUUUUUAUUAUCGUAUUUAUCCAUAUUGAUAUUUGACUGUAUAUUCCAGUUGUUCUGCAUGAUUUUAUGGGCAUUCUUUGUUUCUGUGGUCAUGUGACUCAUAGUUUCACUUUUGGAAAGUGCUGUUCACUUUUUUUUGUGUGUGUGUGUGUGGAAGUCACCAAAAAUAUUUAUUUUAAAGAAACAAACUCAUAAUUACUUAAUUAUUCAGGAUUUAUUUUAAAAUGGUUUUGCAACAAAAUAAGGGAAAAAAGAUAAAGUUUUGAAGCUCGCAUUGUUUUUGUCCUUGAUUUGAUUUAUCUGGCUGUGUUCAUGUAAAACAAAGUAAAAGGGUUUCAUAUUGUGA